UGGCAGGUCUCUAUCAGCCAUUGCCUUCUGCCACCGGGAAGCCAACUGGAGGCUUUAAAGAGAACUGAGCACUUCUGACACUUACAAUCAAAAACUACCCAAAAUAAAGAUUAUAAAAAAGGAAGGAUGAAUGGACGAUCUUUCAUUGGUGGCGCUGGUGACGCCCGUCAUGGUCCUAUUUGGAUAGACCCCUUUGGAAAUAAAGCUGGUGAGGCAGCGCACGAAGGCUUUGCCCGGCUAAGCUUGACCCUGGCCCAUGGGCCACAAGAACAGGAUCCUGAAGAAGAACUGACCAUGGAGGACAGUCCCACAAUAGUCAAAAUGGACCACAGUGAAAACCAGGUUUCAUCAUAUGGAGGAAGAAGGUGCAUCCCCAAGACACUUGGCUAUGUCACCGGUGAUAUGAAAGAAUUUGCCAGGUGGCUUAAAGACAAACCUGUUGUGCUCCAGUUCGCCGACUGGUUUCUUCGGGGCAUAUCCCAAGUGGUGUUCGUCAGCAAUCCCAUCAGUGGAAUCCUGAUUCUGGUGGGAUUUCUGGUCCAGAACCCCUGGUGGGCUCUCAAUGGCUGUUUGGGAACAGUGGUCUCCACCCUGGCAGCUCUCUUGCUCAGCCAAGACAGGUCAGCCAUAGCAGCUGGGCUCCAUGGCUACAAUGGCACCUUGGUGGGACUACUCAUGGCCGUCUUCUCAGACAAGGGAGACUAUUUCUGGUGGCUCUUAUUGCCUGUAUCUGCUACGUCUUUGACUUGCCCCGUUUUCUCCAGUGCAUUGAGCUCAGUGCUCAGCAAGUGGGACCUGCCAGUCUUCACACUCCCUUUCAACAUGGUGCUGUCAAUGUACCUUUCAGCCACGGGACAUUACAACCCAUUCUUUCCAAGCAAACUGGUGGCACCUGUAACCUCAGUUCCCAAUAUCACCUGGUCUGACCUCAGUGCCCUGGAGCUAUUGAAGUCCCUGCCGGUGGGGGUUGGUCAGAUAUAUGGCUGUGACAACCCCUGGACGGGGGGCAUCUUCUUAUGUGGCAUCCUGCUCUCCUCUCCACUCAUGUGCCUGCACGCCGCCAUCGGAUCGUUGCUGGGGGUAGUCGCAGGACUCAGUCUUUCAGCACCAUUUGAGGACAUCUACUCUGGACUCUGGGGUUACAACAGUUCUCUGGCCUGCAUUGCAAUUGGAGGAAUGUUCAUAGCUCUCACCUGGCAAGCCCACCUCCUGGCUCUUGCCUGCGCCCUGUUCACCGCCUACCUCGGAGGCAGCAUGGCACACCUGAUGGCUGAGGUUGGAUUACCAGCUGGUACCUGGUCCUUCUGUUUGGCUACACUUCUAUUCCUCCUGCUGACCACGAAAAACUCCAACAUCUACAGGAUGCCCCUCAGUAAAGUCACUUAUCCUGAAGAGAACCGCAUCUUCUAUCUUCAAAGCAAGAGAAGGAUGGCUGACAGCCCUUUGUGAGAGUGAUCCCACCCACAGCCAUGGUCAUGAGUCAUUUCUGAUGCUCCCGUUGACUUACAGGGUCUCGGCAAACUGUUUUUUUCCACUAGAACAACUUCACACUGACUGACAGCAAACUGUUCUUUUGUCCACUCCACAUUUUGCUUUUUGACUCUGGGAAUAUCUUCAAGCAUAUGAGGGUCAUGUCCAGGAGAUGUGCUCUAGUAUGGAAUUUGAAAACCCAGUGGGAGCUGGCACUAAGACUUUAAUGUAUUUAUAAAAUCAAAAUGCUUCAACAGAAAAACCUAGUGAACACAGAGCUAACUAUUGCUAUUUAUUGAUAUUCUUGGUGCUUAGUUGGCCAGAUCAUUUUAUCAGUAUUAAAAGUUAAGCUUUAUAAACCAACUAAGCCUUAUGGAAUUCACAAAAUCGAAGUCAACCCAGAACUCUCAGAUAAGCAGUGUGGCUUUUUAAAAUUAAUGCAAGUUACAUGUUGCAGUUUUGAUCAACAUCACAAGAGUGCAGACUGGGUACAGGUAAGUUCCCCAUUUCCUCAGCAGAAUGGCCUCCACACUGUUCAGUGUGUGUGUAACAUACUCUUACAAGAGAUAAUUGAGUUUCUUCAUACUGACAGAACUGCAGGAGGGGAAAAGGGAUUUUAUCAAAAUUAUUCUGAAUUGUCACUUUUCUUGGAGAUUACAAAGGAUGCUUUAGGUAGUUCAUCAUUUUUUCUUUUUUUUCCCUUUAUUUUUACAGAUUGCAUUUUGAUUCACUGUACACAAAUGGGGUCCAGCUUUUCAUUUCCAUGGUUGUACACAAUGUAGAUCACACCAUUUGUGUAAUCAUACAUGUACAUAGGGUAAUAAUGUCUGUCUCAUCAUUUUUUCUAUAAGGAAAAAUUUCUUUCCAGUGAGAUAAAAUAAAAGAAGUUCCCUGACUUCACCAGUCCCUACACAUUAAAGAAAAAUAUACAUACUUCUAAACUACUCAGCAUAGGUAUUUAUAAAAUGCUCAGCAUACUUUACUGUAAUCCCUACUUUGGUCCUACAAAUACGUAGAAUCAUCAUGAAGCUCCAGAGUCCUUUAAAUUCACAUUUUUUAAAUUUCGUUCAAGGAUGUCUUUAAAGACUGGGAGUUAGAGUGAGAUUGCUUAUAGUAUUGUUUUUAGAAGUUAUUGAAUUUCUUUUAAAAAUCAUUAUUUUCUGUACACUCAUAAUAUUAUCUCCCAGAAACUAACAAUAUUUGAACUAUGAAAAGAAAUACAGGUGAGGAAUGCUCCUCCUUUUCCUUUUCUAAUUUGAAAGCUACAAGUUCUGUCAAGGUUCCAUGGCUAAAAGUGCUGAAGAGCGAGUGGCAAGUCAGCUUAUUGCCACCACCACUCAUUUCAGCUUCGUAUUUUGGAGGGUGAAAAAGUGAGAUUUUGGAAUUCUAAAGCUUUUUUCCUCUCUCCAUCGAUGGUCAAUGUAGAAUACAGUUUUGCUGAAUGGAUAAACAAGUUGAGCAGUAAGUAACCUUCCAGGCAUUUUAGGAAGAAGUUCACUUCUUCCUUUUCUCAGGAAAGCAAACAAGCAAACACUAUUCCAAUUUUAAAAUCCAGUGACCAAAACCUUUGGAAACCAUAACUUUGCAACUGUCAUAAAUGUAAGGGAAAAAAUUGAAAUUUAGUGUUGGAAACAAUAUAUUCCUGUUAGGGAAUUUGCAAAAUAGAAGUUGAGGGAGAGCAAAAACAAGCAUAACCAGAGAUUCCCAGCAGCGAAGAGUCUAGGCACAACUGAGCAAACCAGAGUCCCCUAAAGUAGACCCAAGUUGACCUUCAGAAUGGAGCUCAUCCUCUCCCCGUGAGCUCACACAGAUCUGCAAUAGGAGCAUUCAAAGGCCUUGUAUAUUGUCUUAUUUAGGUGAUAUUACUUUUCUCAAGCUAUUUUUGUUACUAAGUAUUAUCCUAAAAUUAGGUGAGAACUCUUAGGGAGCAUUUGUAUUUUUUUUUUUUUUGCUAUUGUCUGUAUAACAAAUUUCUGUGCAAGUAUAUGAAUAAAUUAUA